CGGCCACAGAGUGAGCGUUAACUUUGCAGUGGCAGCACAGAAAGAGGAGCGACUAUUAAGUGGGCCAGGUGGACUGUUGGACAGGUGUUUCGAAUAUUGUAAACAAAACAAAAGAGCAAACAAAUCGCGAAAAGUGCAAAUAGAAAAGCGCUAAACAACAAUAGAGACCACUGGAGAUUGACAACCAAAACGUGAAACUAAUUCUAAAAUGGAUGCCAAAAUGUUUCGUGAGUUCGGCAAAGCGGCCGUUGACUUUGUCGCCGACUAUUUGGAGAACAUACGCGAUCAUGAUGUGCUGCCCUCCGUGGAACCGGGCUACAUGCUCCAGCAGAUGCCCAAACAGAUGCCUGAAUCACCAGAGGAUUGGAAGCAUAUACUUUCCGAUAUUGAUCGUGUGAUCAAGCCGGGCAUCACGCAUUGGCAGUCGCCGAAUAUGCAUGCCUAUUAUCCCACCAGUGUCUCCUAUCCAUCGAUUGUCGGAGAAAUGCUGGCCAGCGGAUUCAGCGUCAUCGGUUUUAGUUGGAUUUGCAGUCCAGCUUGUACUGAGCUGGAAGUAGUCGUCAUGGAUUGGCUGGCUAAGUUCCUGAAGCUGCCCGCGCACUUUCUGCAUGAAACCGAGGGUCCAGGAGGUGGCGUUAUUCAGGGAUCCGCCAGUGAGGCGGUUCUCGUUGCUGUCUUGGCUGCCCGAGAGCAGGCGGUGCGCAGGGAGCGCGAGAGGCAGCCAGAACUCAGCGAAAGCGAUAUACGUGGCAAAUUGAUUGCCUACUCCUCCGACCAGAGCAACAGUUGCAUUGAGAAGGCAGGCGUGCUGGCUGCCAUGCCCAUUAAACUGCUGCCUGCCAGCGAGGAUCUGGUGCUGCGUGGUGCGGCUCUCAAAGCAGCCAUUGAACGAGAUGUAGCCGCUGGAUUGAUACCAGUGAUAUGCGUCGCCACUCUGGGCACAACAGGCACGUGUGCCUACGAUGACAUCGAGUCUCUGGCGAGCGUUUGCGAGGAACAUAAUGUGUGGCUGCACGUAGAUGCAGCUUAUGCCGGCGGCGCCUUUGCUUUGGAUGAGUGUGCUGAUUUGCGACGUGGUUUGGAUCGCGUGGAUUCAUUGAACUUCAAUCUGCACAAGUUUAUGCUGGUGAAUUUUGACUGUGCGGCUAUGUGGCUGCGAGAUGCCAACAAAGUGGUAGACAGUUUCAAUGUGGAUCGCAUCUAUUUGAAGCACAAGUACGAGGGAUGCACACAGAUUCCGGACUUUCGUCACUGGCAAAUCCCUUUGGGACGUCGCUUCCGUGCCCUCAAGGUGUGGAUCACAUUCCGCACCCUGGGCGCUGAGGGAUUACGUGCCCAUGUGCGCAAGCACAUCGACUUGGCGGCACAGUUCGAGAAUCUUGUGAAGGCGGAUUCUCGCUUCGAGUUGGUGGCUCCGCGUGCUUUGGGAUUGGUGUGCUUCAGGGCCAAGGGUGACAAUGAAAUUACGUCACAGCUGCUGCAUCGUCUGAUGGAGCGCAAGAAAAUCUACAUGGUCAAGGCAGAGCAUGGUGGGCGCCAAUUUCUUCGCUUUGCCGUCUGUGGCAUGGAUCCCAAGCCGGCGGACAUUGAAUUCGCCUGGACAGAGAUUGAGACACAGUUGACGAAGCUGAAUUUGGAGACAGACCAACAGCCGUUGGAGAAUCGGAAGGCCGGUGAAAUUGCCGAAUUGACGCAACACUUGACAGGGUUACAGCUACAGAUGGAUGAGACGUUGCAGCGCUAACUACGCGGAAUCUGCAAUUUAAUUACAAUUACAUUUUACAUAUGCUUAUAUAGAUAUUUAUAUUUAAUUUUCUUUCAACUGUUGACACACUUGCAGUUAAUUAAGGUUUAAUAAAUGAACACUCUCAUACUUGAGUACAAA